AAAUCGAAGGAAAGAAACUGCCGGCUUUCAAAAUCCUCCUCCUCCGCCAUCAUCUGCCGCCGUGCGGGGAGCAGGUGGUGGUGGAGGCUCGAGCGGCGAGAACUGCUCGGAGAGCUGACGGACAAGUGGGCUGGGCAUCGGGGACGCUGGACUGGAGGCGGCGACCCCCACCUGAGCGGACCCGGACCCUAAAUCAGUCCUCGCCCCGCCGGACGGACGUGCGCGCUCCGGUCGCCCCACGCGGCGGCGCCGCCUGUUUACGGUUGCAGAUUUCCAGGGGAGCCCACCAGCGUGGCCAGCAUGGCCUCUGAAGACAUUGCCAAGCUGGCAGAGACGCUAGCCAAAACCCAGGUGGCCGGGGGACUGCUGAGUUUCAAGGGCAAGAGCCUCAAACUCAACACUGCAGAAGAUGCCAAAGACGUGAUUAAGGAGAUUGAAGAUUUUGACGGCUUAGAGGCCUUGCGCCUGGAGGGCAACACGGUGGGCGUGGAAGCAGCCAGGGUCAUCGCCAAGGCCUUGGAGAAGAAGUCGGAGCUGAAGCGAUGCCACUGGAGCGACAUGUUCACGGGGAGGCUGCGGUGUGAGAUCCCACCUGCCCUGAUCUCACUCGGGGAGGGACUCGUCACAGCCGGGGCCCAGCUGGUGGAGCUGGACCUGAGUGACAACGCGUUCGGGCCCGACGGCGUGCGAGGCUUCGAGGCCCUGCUCAAGAGCUCCACCUGCUUCACCCUGCACGAACUCAAGCUCAACAACUGUGGCAUGGGCAUCGGUGGCGGCAAGAUCCUGGCAGCAGCUCUGACUGAGUGUCAUCGGAAAUCCAGUGCCCAAGGCAAGCCGCUGGCCCUGAAGGUCUUCGUGGCUGGCAGAAACCGUCUGGAGAACGACGGAGCCACUGCCUUAGCAGAGGCUUUUGGGAUCAUUGGGACUCUGGAGGAGGUCCACAUGCCACAGAACGGGAUCAAUCACCCUGGUGUCACUGCCCUGGCCCAGGCUUUCGCCAUCAACCCCCUGCUGCGGGUCAUCAACCUGAACGACAACACCUUCACCGAGAAGGGUGCCGUGGCCAUGGCCAAGACGCUGAAGACCUUGCGGCAGGUGGAGGUGAUCAACUUCGGGGACUGCCUGGUGCGCUCCAAGGGCGCCGUCGCCAUCGCAGACGCCGUCCACGGGGGCCUGCCGAAGCUGAAGGAGCUGAACUUGUCAUUCUGUGAAAUCAGGAGAGAUGCUGCUCUGUCUGUUGCUGAGGCCGUGGCUGACAAGGUGGAGCUGGAGAAACUGGACCUCAAUGGCAACACCCUGGGAGAAGAAGGCUGUGAGCAGCUCCAGGAAGUGCUGGACGGCUUCAACAUGGCCAGGGUGCUGGCGUCCCUCAGUGAUGAUGAGGGUGAGGAUGACGAGGAUGAGGACGAGGAGGAGGAAGGAGAAGAGGAGGAAGAGGAAGGGGAGGAGGAGGAGGAGGAAGAAGAGGAGGAGGAAGAGGAGGAGCCACAGCAGGGAGAGCAAAGAGAGGAGUCGACCACACCGCCCAGGAAGAUUCUGGAUCCUAACAGUGGGGAACCAGCUCCUGUCCUGUCCUCCCCGCCUCCUGCAGACGUCUCCACCUUCCUGGCCUUCCCCUCACCGGAGAAGCUGCUGCGCCUCGGGCCCAAGAGUUCCGUGCUGAUAGCCCAACAGACUGACACAUCUGAUCCGGAGAAGGUGGUCUCUGCCUUCCUGAAGGUGUCCUCUGUGUUCAAGGACGAAGCCACAGUGAGGUCGGCGGUGCAGGAUGCAGUAGAUACCUUGAUGAAGAAGGCCUUCAGCUCAUCCUCCUUCAACUCCAAUGCCUUCCUCACCAGGCUCCUCAUCCACAUGGGGCUGCUCAAGAGUGAAGACAAGAUCAAGGCCAUUGCCAACCUGUACGGCCCCCUGAUGGCAUUGAAUCACAUGGUGCAGCAGGAGUACUUCCCCAAGGCCCUUGCCCCUCUGCUGCUGGCAUUCGUGACCAAGCCCAACGGCGCCCUGGAAUCCUGCUCCUUUGCCCGCCACAACCUACUGCAGACGCUCUACAAGGUCUAGACGCAAAUCUGGUCUCUCCGCAUCCCUCGGCCUGGACCGGUGCCUUGGGAAGGGACUCAGAGGAAGGACUCUGGCCAGCAGCAGGGAGGGUCUUUGUCGCGUGUGUCGUGUCUCCUGAGUAUGCGUGUUGGUGCGGCGUAUGUGCAGGUGUGUGCUUCGUGUCGGGGUUCGGAUUUUUAAUGUCUCCCUGCUGGACUGGCCCUGGUCCCGCUGGAGGGGAGCUGGCCCCCAGGCGGAAGGGCUGCAGGCUGCUCUGCCAUUAAACUCACCGCCAUCUGAGGACGCUCUGCUGAUCUGUGCCGCAGGCGCCAGGCCCUGGUGGCUGUCCCCACCCGCCUCGCCUUCCUUAUCCUCUGGGGCUGCACCAGAGCCUGGGGCGUUGCCGUCCGUGCGCUGUUCCCUCCGAGUUGUGGGUGUUUCCUGCCCUGCCUGGGGCUGCUCACUCCAUGGCUGCCUCUGCUUCCUGUCGCCAAGUCCUGGCCCUGCAGCCGCCACUCUUCCUGCCAUCCACCCACGCUGUGCCGAGCCCUCAGCCCGAGGGCCAGAGACUGCUGUGCGUGGGGCCGUGAGCAGAGGGCAAGACCCUGGCACCCACACCGUGUGGACAGGAGGAGAAGCCAGUGGGCAGACACUAGGGUCUAGGAGCUGGACUUGCCUGGACGGUGCUGGCUCCCUGCCCAGUGGGCCCUUCUCUGGCUGCGGAGGUGUCUGGGACAGGCCUGCGGGCCGAGCUGGAGGGGGCAUCUGGACAGGCCCAAACCUGUUCUCCAGCCUGGGUGGGCAGGGCCAGGGCCCACUGAUGCCUGAGCUGCAUCUUGGGCACCGUUAAGGACCUGGGGCAGGGGCCGGUUGGGGGCUGGGCAUGCCCUGUGACACCUGUGCUUCCCCUCGUGUUGUUUGUGUGUGUCUGGGCUGUGCCCGGGGCUUCACAAAUAAAGUCAUGUGUAGCAGCAGCGGAGACUUGAGAAGCUUUUCACCUAAAGUGGGCUGUUCUCAAGGCCUUGGU